AUGUCCAGUGCACAACCUUAUGAUCCUUACAAUCCAUUCAGUGACGAUGCGGCCAAAGAGGCUCAACAAGGAGCCGGCGUUGGCGCAGAGGCAAACUCUACUGCAAAUGGAGCUGGCGCAGGCUUAGGUGCUGGUGCCGGUGGCGCCGGUGCCUCUUCGCAAGCCGCUAACGAAUCACACGCUAAACUUCACAACUUGCAAAGCACAUUGGAUGAAACUGCAGGUAUAAUGAGAAACAAUCUGGAAGCCAUAAACCAAAGAGGAGAAACAUUGGAAGAUAUGGAUACUAGAGCCAACGAACUCAGUAAUAAUGCAAAGAUGUUUAAUAGGUCCGCCAAUCAGGUCAGAAAAGACAUGUGGAAAAAGAAUAUGAAGCUUAAAAUUUGCGUCAUCUUAAUCGUCAUCAUUCUUCUUAUUGUGAUUAUUGUCCCUAUCGCUGUGCAUUUCAGCAACUAA